GGCCGUCGUUCGCUGACCGGCGCGCCGACCAGUGUCCAAAAUCAGAUACGGUCGAGGAUUCCCCCCAGACCGGAGGCGACGGGGCCGGGAACUCCGUCUGCAAGCGGCCAAAAUUGGAUACGGAUGAAGAUUCCUCCCAGACCAAAGGGGCCCGCCCCGCAACCCCUGGCUGGGCACGCAGUGCUGAGAGUGACACACCAACGGCAAAGGCCGUCCGAGGGCAAAAAUCAGAUACGGACGAAGAUUCCUCCCAGACCAAAGGUGCCCACCCCACAAGCCCUGGCUGGUCGCGUAGUGCCGAGAGUGCUGCACCAACGGCCUGCCCACAACCGGUCGGCCCUUGGGGCCCUCAUCCGGCCUCGCCCACCCUCAAACAAUCGGUCACUGGAGCCCUUGUCUGGCCAGGCUCGCCCACCGCCGAUUGGCACAGGGGCCCUCAUCCGGCUGGGCCUGCCCACCUCCGGUCGCCCCCUGCUACCGUCAUUCGGCCGGGCUCACCCACCGCCGGUCGGAUCCUAGGGUCCUCGUCCAGCCCGGCCCGCCCACUGCCGGUCGGCUCCCAGGGCCCUUGUCGGGCCAGACCCGCACACUGCCGGACGGCCCCCAAGGAACUUGUCCGCCUAGGCCCGCCCACCUGUGGUCGGCCCCUGGGGCCCUCUUCCGGCCCAGCUCAUCCACCACCGGUCGGCCCCCAGGGCCCUCAUCAGGCCCGACCAUACCACCACCGGUCGGCCACCGGGGCCCUCGUCAGGCCUGGCCCACCCACCACCGGUUGGCCCCUGGGGCCCUCACCUGGCCCAGCCUGCCCACCACCAGUCGGCCCCCCGGCCCGGCCCGCCCAGCACAUGACGGCCCCCAGGGCCAUCGUCUGGCCCGGCCAGCCCACCACCGGCCGGCCCCCAGGGCCUUUGCACGGCCCCCCCGCCUGCCACAAAUCGGCCCCUGGGGCCCUCGCCCAGCCCGGACCAUCCAGCACCAGUCAGUCCCUGGGGCCCUUGCACGGCCCGCCCCACCAACCACCAGUCGGCCCCCGGGACCCUCGCCUGGCCCAGCCCGCCCACAACCGGUUGGCCCCCGGGGUCCUCGUCAGGCCCGGCCCGCCCACCACCAGUCGGCCUCCGGGGUCCUCGUCCGGCCAGGCCUGCCAAACACUGGUUGGCCCCCGGAGCCCUCACCCAGCCCGGCCAUACCACCACCGGUCAGCCCCUGUGGCCCUCACCUGGCCCGGCCUACCCACCCCCGGUCGACCCCUUGAGCCUUCGCCUGGCUCCGCCCGCCAACCACCAGUCGGCCCCUGGGGCCCUCGCCUGGCCCGGCCUGUCCACCACCAGUUGGCCCCCGGGGACCUUAUCCAGCCCGAGCCACUCACCGCUGGUCGGCCCCCGGGGCCCUUGCAUGGCCCGGCUCACCCACCGCCGGUCGGUCCCCGGGGCCCUUGCCUGGCCCGGCCUGCCCACCACCGGUCAACCCCGGGGCCCCGCUCUGGCCUGACCUGCCCACCACCGGUGGGCCCCCGGGGCCCUUGCCUGGUCCUGCCCACCCACCACCAGUCGGCCCUCAGGCCCCUUGCCCAGCCCGGCCCGCCCACCACUGGUCGGCCCCUGGGGCCAUCGUUAGGCCAGGCCCGCCCCCCUCCGGUCGGCCCCGGGGCCCUCAUCAGGUCCGGCCCUCCAACCAACAGUCGGCCUUCGGGGCCCUCGCCCGGCCCAGCCAGCCCACCACUGGUCAGCCCCCGGGGCCCACCCCUGGCCCCGCCCUACAACCACCCGUCGGCCCCCGGGCCCCUCGCCUGGCCCGGCCCGCCCACCACUGCUACGCCCCCCACGGCCCUCGCCCGGCCUGGCCCGUCCCACUACCAGUUGGCCCCCGGGGCCCUCGCCCGGCCCGCCCUAUCACCAGUCGGCCCCUGGGGCCCUCGCCCAGCUCUGCCCGCCCACCACCGGUCGGCCCCCGGGACCCUUGCCCGGCCAGGCUUGCCCACCACCGGUCGGCCCCCAGGGCCCUUGCCCGGCCCGGCACGGCCACCACAGAUCGGCCCCCGGGACCCUUGCCUGGCCCGGCAGGCCCGUCACCAGACAGCCCCCUGGGCCCUCGCCUGUCCCGGCCCGCCCACCACCUGUCGGCCCCCUGGGCCCUCGCCUGGCCCCGCCCUACCACCACCGGUUGGUCCCGGGGCCCUCGCCCAGCCCAAUCCGCCAACCUCCGGUUGGUCCCCGGGGCCCUCGUCAGGCCCGGCCCACCCUCCACCAGUCGGCCCCCGGGGCCCUCGCCCAGCCCGCCCACCCACCAACAACAG